UUCAGUGGAAAGCCUCAAAAAGUCACUGCGGAGGUUUUACUUUGGUUCUAUGGAGGCAGGCAGAUCGACCGCAAGCUGCGUGCUUUUGCUCUUGCUGUUCGGGCUUUCCAUCUCGCAAUCUGACCGUGAGUGGGAGGGAGACCUUAAGCUCCCACUUUGCAAGCCCAUCUCCAUCAAGCUGUGUUCCGACAUCAAGUACAACGCGACCAUCAUGCCGAACUUGCUGGGCCACAGCACCCAAGAAGACGCGGCGGUGGCGCUUCGCCUCUUUUACCCCUUGUUGGAGGCCCAGUGCUCGGCAGAUCUUAAGUUCUUCCUAUGCUGCGUCUACGCUCCCGUGUGCACGGUUCUUGAGAAAAUUGUCCCCCCUUGCCGGGCUCUGUGUGAAAGUGCAUACUCGGGUUGUGAAGCCAAUAUAACCGCGGGAGGCCUCCAGUGGCCGGAGAAGAUUCGCUGCGACAAGUUCCCGGUGGCUGGAUUGUGUGUCGGAAAAAUCUAGCUGCUCAAGGAAUGCUUCAUUUUCAAUUCAAUUGAAAUUAAAAUCAACCACUGUAUCCUAAUGCAUGUUAUGAACAUUUAAACUGCCUAAAUAUAUGGAAAUCUGCUUUUAAAAUGGGUCAUUUAUGCAUCUUUUUCGUAAAAAUGUCAAAGUCACAAUAAUUCUAAUUCAAAUCAAUCAUUUUAAAAGUUGUACGUGCAAAAAUAUUUCCGUUCAACUCCUGCAAAAAUGGGAACGUGGCCUUUUUAUGCUAAAAAAAAACAGUUAUAAUUAUGUAAAUGAAGGCCAAUAUAACUGUUUUGAUCUCCUCUUCCUAAAAAAAAAAAAGAUUGGCUUUGGUGUGUCUUUUUCUGAGACGUUCUUAGCUUUUGGUUGUGUGACGGUUCUAUUAUUAGAGGUACUAAAUUUACUCCAUUUCAUCUUAUGACACCAGUGUUACAAUGAUCACCUUGACAUGAGUUAUCUUCUUUUAUUUGAUCUACAAUAAUUCUAUUUUCCAUUUUAGAUGUUCAACACUAUAUUUAACU